CAUAAAUAAUAAAGGAUGAUGAAUGUUUUGGCUAUUUCUCUUGUAUUAUCCACACUUGUUACAGCUGGAUUUCUCACUCCCAAUAAAAAAGAAGACGUCGUUUUAGUUGUUGAAUUUGAUCAAAAUCAAGGUACCAAAGUUUUAAUCUCCCCACAACAAACUCAAAUUCCAAAAUCAGGUUAUGUUUCUGAUUUGAAAGAUAAAAUAUAUGAAAAAGCAGAGGAAGCAUCCUCUGUUCUUCCAAAUAUCGGUCAAGGGAUUGCGAGUCCUUAUGUGAAUCAACACCAACAAAAUAGCGCUAGAGAUGUUUGUGAUGCCUAUGGAAAGUGUAAAGAGAAAAUUAGUACUGUUUUUGGUAAAACCAAAGAUAAGGUUGAAGAAGGUUUUACCAAAGUUUCAGAAAAAACGAAGGAUGUAGUUGAUACAACGAAGAGUAAAAAGGAUGAAGUAAUGGAGCAAGUGAAAGGAGAAAUAUCCGAGAAAGCAGAAGAAGGGAAAAAGGAUUUGAAAGAUAUUAUCGUGCGAGGACGUGAUUUCUUUCGUGAUGUAUUUACUUAUAUAUUCUCUUUAGGGAAUUUGCGUCAUGUGAUGCGUUUGAUGCAUUUGUUGGGGUUUUCUGUGGCUUAUGGGAUGUGUAUUUGGGUUACAUUUGUUUCGAGUUAUGUGUUAGCUAGAGCAUUGCCAAGGCAGCAAUUUGCAGUGGUUCAAAGUAAGAUUUACCCUGUUUACUUUAAGGCUAUGGCUUAUUGCGUUGGCCCGACAUUCAUCGGUCAUUUUUUAAGCCAAAAACGUAGGCCUUACGCUAACUUGGGUGAAGCAGUUCAAGGUUUUAAUCUUCUAGCUUCAAUCUCCAUGCUUUUGGUUAAUUUGCUCUACUUGGAGCCUCGAGCAACAAAGGUUAUGUUUGAGAGAUUGAAGUUGGAGAAGGAAGAAGGUAGAGGCAGUCACAUAUUUACCGUCGAACCAAGCAGUACUAGAGGAGUGGAGUCGGUAUUGGAUCCAACAAAGACGACAACAACUAAACCAGCAGAAAAAUCUCCAGAGCAGUCCGCAGCAGAGGUAGUGAAGCCCCAAGUAGUGAAAUUGAGUCAGAAACUUAAGAAGUUAAACUCAUAUUCAUCUUUUCUUAAUGUGCUCACACUUAUGGCUCUUACACACCAUCUUGUUCACCUUACUCAGAUACUCGAUGCCGCCACCUGA